UUUUGGAUGGAAAAUUUUGUUUGCGGUGGAAAACAACAUAAAUUCUGCAACUAUCGUCGGUCGCGGUCAGUGUUUCUGCAGGUGCCGGUGAAAGCUUACAAGUGUUGCAACCGAAAAUUAAUCCAGUUAGUUAACCAGUGCCGGCCACAAACCUUUGCUAGGGCAAGCCCCAACAAGAGAGCAAGUACAAAACAAUGGAUGCAGACGGCUUAAGAUGUUUGCUCAGUGGAGAUUAUGGGCUGGUGGAGGAAGCGUUGAAUAAAUUCAACAAACAGAAUUCCCAGGUGUUCAACUUCAUGCAUUUCACCAGCACGGGCCAAUGGGUGCUAAUUUGGAACAAGCUAUUUGCGUACCUGGCCGAUCCGGGAAUGCCGCAUCGCGUUGGGUGCCUGAUGGCGAUUAAAGUGCUCAGUCGGGACAAAACGUAUCUGAAUGAAACGGUGACGGUGGAACAGCUCGACUUGCUGCUCCAGCUGGCCGGUAUUGGCACGCUGGACACGUGUGAGGCCACGCAAGAGGUGCAGGUUGAGGCCCUGAAAUGUCUCAGUAACAUGAUAUUCCAAAGCACCAAGUGUCAGGAGAUGUGUCUGAGCAAUGCUUCCACCGAGGGCAUCAUCAGGCGCGUCAAAAUGUACAAGGAAGCACCAUACGGGUAUGACAUAAAAUAUUUCGACAUGAAGCUACUGUUUCUGCUGACAGCGAUCAAUUGUGAUAUUCGAGCCAAAGUGCGAGAUCAGUUGCACGGUCUGGUGUAUCUCGUCGAGACGUUGGAUCUGUUCAUGGGUCAAGCGGCAACAUUUAAAGAGUUUAGCGAUAAAGAUUUGGAUCUGAUCAACGAGGUACUGAAGGUACUCUUCAAUCUCACCGUUCGCACAUCGGACAACCUCGUUCCGGAGGAGGAAGAAGCGACGCAAUUCCACCGGCUCGUCACCGUGCUUCAUGAUCUGUUCUUCUAUCGCACGCUGAACCGCGACAAGAUCGUCUCACUGCACUCGAACAUCGUCAACCUGCUGACGAGCGUCCCGGUCAGUUGCUACGUCGAGCUGGUGACAUCGCUUAGCGCCAAAUGCGACAGUCCUCCGGCGCGCGGUGGCGACGACCCGAUGGUGAUCGUGCCGUUCGAGAGCAAAAACAUGUACGUGCUGCACGUGCUGGUGGAGUUUUUACGCAAGAACUUCCAGAAGGCGGAGAAAAAGUCCGACCAGUACGAGCUGCUCUCCCCGAUCCUGACCGUGCUGAUCAAGGCGAUCCGAGCCGAUGCAAUCAACCGCCGCUACAUUCGCUCGGUCGUCCUACCUCCGUUAAGGGAUGUACGUGAUCGGCCGGAGAUUGGGAAGGAGCUACGUAACUACCUGUGCUCGCUGCUGACCAGCCCCUGCACCCAAAUUGCCGACCUUUCGGCGGAGCUCCUGUUUGUCCUGUGCAAGGAGAACGUCGGGCGGAUGAUCAAGUACACGGGGUACGGUAAUGCGGCCGGGUUGUUCGCGAACCGCGGGCUUCUCGGUGGCCGAACGGCGAAGGGAUGCGAGCAGUAUUCAUCGGACAGCGAGGACAGCGACACCGAAGAGUACAAACAGCUGCAGCACGCCAUCAACCCGGUGCUCGGGUGUUACGAACCACCGAAACCGAACCCGCUGGAGGGAAUGUCCGAGGAGCGCAAAGAGUACGAGGCGAUGGAGCUGGUGAAGCUGAUGGAUAAACUGCAGCGUCAGGGUGUGAUACAACCGUGCAAAAUAGGCGAGGAUGGCCGACCGCAGGCCGUGGAACACAUUAUGGAGCUGCAGGAGGAAAUACCGGAACAACAGCGAGACCAUAAGCGAAAAACUUGAACAAACCGAAACUAGAAGCAAGCAGCUUCCCUAUCCUCCCCCCUCGAUAGCUUCCCGCAUUCCCGUAGCUCGUCGUAGUUCGAACGUCCGACAGGUGCGCCGAUGUGUGGUUUCAAAUUGCAGUAUUUUCAACUAUAUUGACGCUGGCGAAGUUGGCUGUGCGCGCGCUUACUCGAUUGGCGAAACUAACGGAACGUUAGGAGAGAAAAUGAAAAAAAAACCGCUGCCAAAUCUUGUUCGCUCCAACACCAUUCGUCGCAGCAAUCCACGAUGCGCGACGGAUGUUCAUCGUUUGCCAAAGUCUAUUUGCAGUUGCUAACAUUGAAAAUUGGCCACUCCAUUUUAUUGCAAUCGCUUCCUUCGUCAUAACCAAUCAAAGGAUAUCAUUAAAAGUGACCCAGUUGAGCGAUUUCUUGCUCAAUAUUCCAUUCCAAAGCCGGGACAAAACUGGCGAUACCGUCAAAAUUAAGAUUGUCCAAUUUUGAAUGUUAACGACAAUGCGACAUCUCCAUAGCGAUUAUUUAUAUUGUAGUAGGUACAAUUCUUUUUCCCUGCUCUGCUGUAUAGAACAUGUGGAUGAGAGAGCCUAGCUGUUGGUAUGUCUGUAUACUAUUUCUGUAUGUCCUGCUACCUUUGAAUCACUUAACUGAUUGGUACUAUCUAACUAAGCACCUCCGGGAUGGAACUUUCUUAAGCGUUCAAGCAUAAUCAAUGGCACCGUUUCGGAAAACGAACGCUUUCUUAUUCAAUACACAUAACACUCCACAUGUACACACCUCGAAAGGGAAGCAAAUGUUUGCAAAGUCUGCACAUUUGCUGCUAGUUGUUAUUUGUUGUUUUAGUUUUUAGUUUAAAUUUGCCUCGUGGCCUUCGUUGUUUUAUUUAACUUACUUAACUGUAGUCAUAGUGUUUUUGUUGUGCUUCGCUGUCCGUUUCGACUUCCCUAAAUGUUGUAGUCCUGUGAAUGUAUAUCGACGGAAACAAAUAUUGGAUCUCCAGCCAACUUCAGCCAAUAAAAUUUAACAUGAGAAGAAGCUACAAAACGA